AUCACAGUCACUGUGUGUUAAUGUUUGCUUGACACCCUGAUGGUACUGUGUGGUAAUGUAUGAUAGACCCCCGUUAUACAGGUGUAUUCAGGUACACAGGCUUCUGUUAUACAUGUGUAUUCAGGUACACAGGCCCCCGUUAUACAGGUGUAUUCAGGUACACAGGCCCCUGUUAUACAGGUAUAUUCAGGUACACAGGCUCCUGUUAUACAUGUGUAUUCAGGUACACAGGCCCCUGUUAUACAGGUGUAUUCAGGUACACAGGCUUCUGUUAUACAGGUGUAUUCAGGUACACAGGACCCUGUUAUACAGGUAUAUUCAGGUACACAGGCUCCUGUUAUACAUGUGUAUUCAGGUACAUAGGCCCCUGUUAUACAGGUGUAUUCAGGUACACAAGCUUCUGUUAUACAGGUGUAUUCAGGUACACAGGCCCCUGUUAUACAGGUAUAUUCAGGUACACAGGCUCCUGUUAUACAUGUGUAUUCAGGUACACAGGCCCCUGUUAUACAGGUGUAUUCAGGUACACAGGCUUCUGUUAUACAGGUGUAUUCAGGUACACAGGCCCCUGUUAUACAGGUGUAUUCAGGUACACAGGACCCUGUUAUACAGGUGUAUUCAGCUACACAGGCCCCUGUUAUACAGGUAUAUUCAGGUACACAGGCCCCUGUUAUACAGGUGUAAUCAGGUACACAGGCUUCUGUUAUACAGGUAUAUUCAGGUACACAGGUUCUGUUAUACAAGUGUAUUCAGGUACACAGGUUCUGUUAUACAGGUGUAUUCAGGUACACAGGACCCUGUUAUACAGGUGUAUUCAGGUACACAGGCUUCUGUUAUACAGGUGUAUUCAGGUACACAGACUCCUGUUAUACAGGUGUAUUCAGGUACACAGGUCCCCAUUAUACAGGUGUAUUCAGCUACACAGGCCCCUGUUAUACAGGUAUAUUCAGGUACACAGGCUCCUGUUAUACAUGUGUAUUCAGCUACACAGACCCCUGUUAUACAGGUAUAUUCAGGUACACAGGCUCCUGUUAUACAUGUGUAUUCAGCUACACAGGCCCCUGUUAUACAUAUGUAUUCAGGUACACAGGCCCCUGUUAUACAUGUGUAUUCAGGUACACAGUCCCCUGUUAUACAGGUGUAAUCAGGUACACAGGCUUCUGUUAUACAGUUGUAUUCAGGUACACAGGACCCUGUUAUACAGGUGUAUUCAGGUACACAGGACCCUGUUAUAAAGGUGGAUUUAGGAUUAACUCCAGCCACCAGCAGGUGUAUUUUACACUCAUUUUUAAUUCCUGCUCUUAAUUUAAGUAGAUUAGGCAUACUUUAUUAGAUCAGGAACUUAGGCUGGGCUCCAUUGGCACAAUGAAGCUUGGUAAAUUCAUAGGAAA